AUGGGCGCCUCCACUCCUCGCCACCAUUCCAGCUCCCCCUUCCAGCAAUCCCUCCUCUCCAGGCGGAUCAUCACGUUCGCGCUAUACGCCCUGGGGCCCAAAAUCGCUGCCGCUGCGGGCGCCGCCGGUGGAGCAGCAAGAAAGAUCGCGGCGCCAAGGUGCGACUACUCGGAUGGGGCGUGGGAGCGGAGCGAGGCGGGCCCGCUGUACAACGGCACGAGCUGCGGCGAGACGAUCAAGGCCGCCCAGAACUGCGAGGCGCACGGGCGGCCUGACACGGGGUACCUCCGGUGGCGGUGGCGGCCGCGCGGGUGCGCGCUCCCACCGUUCGACCCCGCCGAGUUCCUGCGCCUCGUCCGCGGCCGCCACGUCGCCUUCGUGGGCGACUCGCUGGCGCGGAACCAGUGCGAGUCCCUCGUCUGCCUUCUCAGCUCCGCGUUCCCGGCCCAGCUGGUGCGCGGUGCCGGCGGUGGGGACGGGGACGGCGACGGCGACGAGCUCCGCAAGUUCCGGCGCUGGGCGUUCCUGUCGCACAACGCCACGUUGUCCCCCAACGAGCGGUGGGCGGCGGAGGUCCCCGGCAUCGACGUGGUGGUGCUCUCGGCGGGGCACUGGUUCCUGCACUCGGCGCUCUUCUACGACCGCGGCGCGGUGGUCGGGUGCCACCACUGCCCGGAGCCCAACCGCACGGAGACGGGCUUCUUCGGCGCGUUCCGCCUCGCCGUCCGCGGCGCGCUCCGCGAGGUCGUCCUCCGCGGCGCCAGGGCGCAGCGGCGGCAGGGCGGCAGCGGGGCGCCGAAGCUGGCCGUGCUGACGACCUUCUCGCCCGCGCACUUCGAGGGGGACUGGGACAGCCCCACCGCGUGCGCGCGCACGGAGCCGUACGCGCCGGGGGAGCGGGCGAUGGAGUACAUGGACGGCGAGAUGCUCCGCGCCGGGGCCGAGGAGGUGGCGGCGGCGGCGGCGGACGCGCGGGCGCGCGGGGCCGGGCUGACGGUGGAGGCGCUGCAGGUGACGCGGAUGGCCGGGCUGCGCGCGGACGGGCACCCGGGCGCGUACAUGCACCCGUUCCCGUUCGCCGGCGGCGCGAGGGAGCGGGUGCCCAACGACUGCGUGCACUGGUGCCUGCCCGGGCCCAUCGACACGUGGAACGAGAUCCUGCUGCAGAUCGUCAAGCGGUGGGCCGACGGGGUCGACGCCGACGCCUCGUCGUCGUCGUCGCCGUGA